AUGAUCAGUACCUUUUUCCCACCUAUUGAAUUAGAUGGAACUGCAGAAUUAGCACUUUUGAGUUUACAAGCUUGCAACUCUAAACCAAAUGUUAGUGAAAAAAAUAAUUCUUUUCGUAUUUUAACCUAUAACGAUUACCUUGAAAGUUCAACGUCUGUUAAUAAUUCCGUUAUUGAUUUAUCAAUACCAAUAGGAUCGUACGAGUUAGAUGAUAUAGUAAAUUUCACAGCAAACAAUAGCAUAGGAGAGUUGUUGGGAUUCAAUAAAAAAACGUUUGAAGGCGGUGUCAUACAUGAAUCAGAACAAAUGGCUAAUAUUAAUCCACUAUCGUGUAUAAGAAUAGAGUGUGAUAUUGUACAUGGAGCAUUUGUUAACGGACGCGAGACGUGUUCUAUUCACGAGUUUUAUCCCUUGGUGUCACCCGGUUAUAAGAUUGUAGAAUCACCUAAUAAUCUUAUAUAUUAUUCCGUGUUGACCAAUCAAAUAGAUAACGUAAAAAUUGAAAUUAAAGAUCAGAACGGAGAGCUUGUCGAUUUCAGAGGAGAAAGUGUAACGAGACGUUUUCAUGAAGUUGAGAACAGUUCAAUUUCAAAACUUCCAGAGUUAACAAGGGAGAGCUUGACUACACUUUUAAAUCUUGGUUAUACACUUGAAAAUCGUAAUGGAAGAUAUUCUGAACAUUCACGAAAAACCGUACUUCGAAGAAAUAACGCGCUGUCGAAUAACGAUGAAAUACGAAUUGCGAUACAACAUCAAGAUUUAUAUACUCUCCCCAGCGAAUCUUUGUUACACAUCGAAGGUGAAGUUGAAAGAAAUAUAGAAACAGGUAAUGGAGAAGCUUCUGUAAAAUUAAUAAACAAUGGCAUUAUGUUCCUAUUUGAUGAAAUUCGUUACGAAUUAAACUCUGUUGAAAUUGAUAAAGUAAGAAAUCCUGGUAUUACGACAUGUAUGAAAGGUUAUGCGUCUUUUCAAACGGCAAACCUUUACCGAUAUCAAAAUGCCGGAUGGAAUGAAAGUGGUGAAUCUAGAGAAAAAUUCGAAGUGUGCAUACCUCUCAAAGUAAUUAUGGGAUUUGCGGAAGAUCAUCGUAAAAUAAUAAUAAAUUCCCGACAAGAAUUAAUACUGCAUAGAUCCAGCGUGGACAUUAACGCAUUAAAGUGUGAGCGAGCGAAUGGUAAAAUAAAAAUUUCGAAAAUAAUGUGGAGAAUGCCUCAUAUAAACGUAGAGGACAGUGUAAGAUUGAAACUGUUAAAGACUUUAGAUUCUCGUAAACCACUUUACAUCGCUUUUAGAAGUUGGGAAUUAUUUGAACAUCCAUAUUUACCACAAACUACAAAACAUUCGUGGGCCGUUAAAACAUCAACGCAUACGGAAAAACCUAGAUAUGUGAUUAUAGGAUUUCAAACUAAACGUAAAAACAAAAUAACAGCUGACAUGAGUAGAUUCGAUCACUGUUCUCUAAUAUUACUCAAAGUAUUUUUGAAUUCGGAAUCAUAUCCUUACGAUAGUUUAAACAUUGAUUUCGAUAAUGAUAAAUAUUCAGCAUUAUAUCAAAUGUAUUCAUCGUUUCAAGAUAGCUUUUAUAAUAUAGAUAACGGUGAUCCUAUUUUGACUAAAGAAGAAUUUAAAGAUAACGCUCCUAUAGUUGUUAUCGAUUGUUCUAAACAAAAUGAAAAAAUUAAGAGCGCUCCCGUUGACGUUCGAAUUGAAUUCGAAACUAAAAUUCCUAUACCAAACGAUACAUCAGCAUAUUGUCUUAUACUACAUGAUAAGAUUUUCGAGUAUAACGCUAUGACUAGCGAAGUACACAAGGUGGUUUAA